CAAAAAACAUGGUUUGAUACUACAUUUUAACUUUUUUAUUGUUGAAUCAUUUAAUUUAACAUUGGAAAAAGAAAACCCACCAUUGAAUCAAUGAAACCCUCAAACCUUGUGCCCUUAAUAUUAAUUAUAGGCGUGGUUGUAAAUGGAGGAGGAGAUAAUAAUAAGUUGGUAUACAAAGGAUGUGCAAAACAAGGUCUAUCAGAUCCAAACGGGGUGUACUCAUCGGCUCUGUCUGCCAUAUUUGGGACCCUCAUCCAGCAAUCUUCAAAAGCCAAGUUCUUCAAGACAACAAGUGGGUCGGUGGUUUCGGGUCUGUUUCAGUGCAGAGGGGAUCUGAGUAACGUGGAAUGCUACACCUGCGUCAGCAGACUCCCAAUCUUGAUGGACAAGCUCUGCGGCAAAACCGUGGCUGCAAGAAUCCAGCUUUUGGGUUGUUACAUGCUUUAUGAGGUAUCCGGGUUUGCUCAGAUAUCUGGAAUGGAGCUGCUUUACAAGAAAUGUGGGAAAACCGGUAGCGGCGUUCAGCAAACAAGCAGGGAUGCCGCAUUUUCAUCUUUGGAAACUGCGAUUGCCGCAAAUAAUAAUGGGGGGUUUUAUACAACGAGCUAUGAGGCGGUGUAUGUGUUGGGGCAAUGUGAAGGGGAUUUAGGGAGCUCCGAUUGCGGGGCGUGUGUAAAAAGUGCGGUCCAAAGAGCCCAGGUGGAGUGCGGGAGGGCAGUCGUGUCUGGUCAAAUAUAUCUUCAUCGAUGUUUCAUCAGCUUUAAUUACUAUGCUUAUCCUAAUGGCGGCACUCCUCCUCCUAAACCUAACAACAAUCCUUCCUCUUCAUAUUCAUCUUCCUCUUCCUCUUCCUCUUCCUCUACAUCAUCAUCAGGGUCAAAUACAGGAAAAACAGUGGCAAUAAUCUUAGGAGGGGCAGCGGGUGUUGGCUUCUUGAUUGUUUUUUUGUUGAUUGUUAGAAAGGCUAUGAAGAAAGAUGAUGAUGGUUAUUGAAAGAAAACAAGAGAGUAGCUAUAGGUAGUUGUUCAAGAUUGAAGAAACCUGGAGAUCCAAAUUUUGAUGGAGGUGGGUAGAUCCAUGAGCAUUUUAUGUUGAUUUUGGUAAAGAUUUAGAAGAUAGGGCAGGAUGAUCCAACUAAUCAUCAUCACCAUGUUCAUCUUGUUUUGUUAAUGUUUAAUGAACCUUAAAUCUGUAAGAAUGAAUGUUCUGUCAAUGAAAUAGAUUAAGGAAA